GCGGAGAACUUCCGCUUCCGGUAUUAGGAUUCGUUGCCCUGCGUGAACGUUUACUGCCCAGCAGUCCGGUUGAUUCAAGGGUCGUUUCUCUCUGCGGUCGUUUAAACAACGCGGUCACCGUGUAGCAGCUGCGAUGCGGCAUCUUAAAAGGAUAUUGGACGCGUAUAUUGUUUUACAGUCUGCGUUUGUGCUGUCAUGCUGUUCCGCCGAGUCCGAGCCCGGGCCUGGUGUGGGGAAUGGAGACCGCUUUAAGAUCGAGGGCCGUGCGAUUGUCUCCGGGGUUAAAGCGCAGGAUUGGGUCUCUUCAGCCCGGGUCUUGGUAGAGGGUGGCGAGUAUAUCGGAUUUCUCAGAACCGAUGGGAGUUUCGUGGUGCAUGAUGUUCCAUCUGGAUCCUACGUAGUUGAAGUCAUGUCUCCAUCUUACAAAUUCGAGCCAGCCCGUGUUGACAUUACUUCGAAAGGGAAAAUGAGAGCUCGCAUGGUGAACUACAUCAAGACCUCAGAGGUGGUCCGACUGCCGUAUCCCCUCCAGUUGAGAGCCAUUGGACAACAUUCAUACUUCCUGAAGCGAGAGACGUGGGGGUGGACUGAUUUCCUCAUGAAUCCGAUGGUCAUGAUGAUGGUUCUUCCUUUACUAAUCAUCGUUCUGCUUCCAAAAGUGUUCAAUACCAAUGACCCUGAAAUGAGAAAGGAGAUGGAGCAGUCCAUGAACAUGCUGAACCCCAAUCCAGAGUUGCCAGAUGUGUCAGAGUUCAUGACCAAGCUCUUUUCUAAGGGAUCUAGCAAGCCAGGAGGAAGCAAUAAAGGCAGCAGGAACGCAGCACUGAAAAGGAGGUAGUGCUGCUAACGAAGACUGUUGUUUUUUGUUUUGUUUGUUUUUUUUUAUUGUUUUUUGUAUGUUUUGUGGUUUGUUUUUCAUUGUUUCAUUUCUCACAAUAAAACUAACUAACUAAGAUUGAUCUUGACUUGGCAGGGCUGUAUAUUAUGUUCACAUUUUCUUUUUUUUUUUUAAUCAGGCUACAUCACCACCUGUGAUAUUUUAAUAUAUCUGUGUAAACAUUUAACACCGUUUAGAAAAGAACCAGUAGUUCUGUUUAUAGUUAGUUGGGCCAAGAUCAUCACAUGGGUAACGUUUGCUUUUAUUGCUGCUGAGGCUGAGAUUUCUAACAGAUCUUCAGGGUUGAGGCUGGUUGAAAUGUCACUUGAACCCCAACCCAGUUUCCACGUCUACUUGAAACAGAGCUUUUACGUUGAAAUAGUCAGUAAUAUUGUGUCGAGUUUGUAUAUGACUGUGAAUGAUGAUGAAUGCCUAAAAAUUUUAGCAAAGAAAAUAUAAACAUAUUUAAACUGAAUGCUAAUAAAAUGAAAUGGACAUUU